CAUUUCCUUUAGAAAAUUCGAACUCCUAGUAUCCACCUUUGCUUCUUACUCGUUCUUUUCGUUGAUUCGUUUCAGCUAGAUUGUUCUAGAACGUUCUCGAAUUCUUCGAAUACUCGAACCAAAAAUUGCGAAAACAAUUGAAGUUUUUCUAUAUGGAGUCAAAGUCACAGUCAAGGUUUCCGCUGGGCAGACAAUCAUCUCUGGCGCCGGAGAGAGAUGGCGUUUCCGACGACUCAGUUACCGCCGGCCAUGAAGUCGAUGGAGGUAUUGAAUCCGGUUUGAGGUUAAUGUAUAUGACUAACGAUGGUGAUUUGGAAGGUAUGAAGGAACUUUUAGACUCCGGUACCGGUGUGAACUACACGGAUAUCGAUGGACGGACUGCGUUGCAUAUUGCCGCUUGCCAGGGUAACGCUGAUGUUGUUGAUUUUCUGCUCAAAAAUGGCGCACAGGUGGAUGCCAUGGAUUGCUGGGGCAGUACGCCUCUUGCAGAUGCAAUAUAUUACAAGAAUAAUGAUGUGGUCAAGCUUUUGGAAGUACAUGGAGCAAAAUCUGCGGUGGCUCCCAUGCAUGUAGAAAAUGCGCGAGAAAUUCCAGAGUAUGAAAUUGAUCCAAGAGAACUUGAUUUUAGUAAUAGCGUCAACAUAACAAAGGGUACGUUUUGUGUUGCUCUGUGGCGUGGAACUGAGGUUGCUGUUAAGAAACUUGGUGAAGAAUUGUUCACCGACGAAGAUAAAGUCAAGGCAUUUAGGGAUGAGCUUGCCUUACUACAGAAGAUACGCCACCCAAAUGUAGUCCAGUUUCUUGGUGCUGUGACACAGAGUAGCCCAAUGAUGAUCAUCACAGAGUAUCUAUCUGAGGGAGAUCUUCGUGCAUUCCUGAAACGGAAAGGUGCAUUAAAGCCAAUAAUGGCUGUGAAGUUUGCACUGGAUAUUGCAAGAGGAAUAAACUACUUGCAUGAGCAUAAACCCGAAGCAAUAAUUCAUCGAGACCUGGAGCCUGAAAACAUAUUACGGGAUGAUUCUGGACAUCUGAAAGUUGCAGAUUUUGGACUUAGUAAGCUGAUGAAAUUUACCAAAACUGUCAAGGAAGAUAGACCAUUGACGUGUCAAGAGGAUUCAUGGAAAUAUGUUGCUCCAGAAGUUCUUAAGCAUGAUGAGUAUGAUACCAAGGUGGAUGUUUUCUCAUUCGCUUUGAUAUUGCAGGAGAUGAUUGAAGGCUGUCCACCAUUUUCCACGAAGCAGGAAAUUGAGGUGGCCAAAGCAUAUGUUGCAAAUAAACGUCCUCCCUUUAAAGCUUCACAAAAGCUGUAUGCUCAUGGACUAAGAGAGUUAAUUGAGGAUUGCUGGGAGGAGCAACCAUCAAGAAGACCGACUUUUCAGCUAAUAAUUAUCAGGUUGGAAGAAAUCAAACGUAUUCUUUUGCAUAGAAGACGUUGGAAGGCAAGGGCACUUGAAUGUUUUCAGAAACUGGAGGCCAUCUUGAAGUUUGAUAAUUCGAAUUCAAAGAGUCAUUCAUCUCACCCAACCUUCUGAUGAGAAGUGCUUGUGUUGCAGCUACAUUUUUAAUUAAUUCUUAUUGUGCAUGCUUUCCAAUCUUUGUUUCAUUUUUACUUUCUUUUGGGCGGUGAUGCUUUGGAGAGAGGGUGACAGUAUGGCUUCCAUUGCUAUCCUUUAUGCUUGUACUGGAAGUCUGAUGAAUGAUUAUUCGCUUCAAGUCUCUGUGAUUUCUGUGUCUUUUCUUGUACUUGGGGUUAAAUGUCAUUACUUUUGAAU